AUGUGGGUAAAAGAGUUAAAUACACCCCAGGCUGAAAGAGACUUCUCUCUCUAUUUUUUUGAUCCUAAAACAAUUCUCUUAUUGCAGUCUGAAACACACUCUGGACUCGAUGGAGACACUGACAGUGCUGAUGCUGAUGAUGAAUUUGAGUGUGACUGUAUUCAUUGCCAACAAAUGAGAGAUGUGUUCAGUCACCGACCAAGUUCCCAAGGAAAUGAACCAGAGACAGCAGCAGCCGCUGCAGCUGCAGCGGCUACUGCCAUUGCUGCUAGCAGUAGUCCUUUGCCCACAUCAACUGCUUCGGUACUUCUUAACACUGGAAGCAGUGGAUCUCUAAGUUCUGAGCAUAAUGAUUGGUCAACAAGUCUGUCUGAAGAUAAUCCAUUAGACAUUAACAUUGCUGAGCUGAAUCCCCUGGACUUGCUGUUAAUGCGUCAGGAUGCCCGACGGGAUAUGUUGGAACUCAUGUUUCAAAAUGUGAUCCUGCAGAUGCUGGCCGUGCACCCCGACCUCCUCAACGACCAGGCUCCACCUCCAGCGACACAAACAGUUAUUGAAAAUUUACAAUCCAUCCAUGCCACCCAAGAGGAUAUAGACCAAGAUGCCAGCUGCCCAAUAUGCUUGUGUUCUUGGGAAUUAAAUGAGACAAUGGCCCAGCUUCCCUGCCAGCACCUUUUUCAUCCUCUUUGUAUUCGUGCUUGGCUUGUUAAGUCUGGAACUUGUCCCGUGUGUCGCCAUGUACUGUAG